CUAGCCUUCAACACAAAGGUAAGGACAAGCUUUCCUCAUUGUCUUGUCUAGACUAUGCCGGGGAAGCUCACAUCAUGGUCGCUUGCCACCUGGCGGCUCAUGUCAGAAAACCAGCUCUGAUUGCAUCUUAUGCCUUCACUGCUACUGUCGUACUCACCACUUUAUACCAACGAAGACUUGAGGCAAGACAAGUUUGUGAGCUAUGGCUGAUGAGUGCUGCCGCCGUUCAGAUCCCGGUCUCGAUAUCAAUUGCAUACGGCUCCCGGCCAGCGGGUGCUCAGAUACUCUUCUGCUUGUGUAAAGAUGUUCACACUAAUCACGAUCAGUUGGCUGACUGUCUGAACGGCAGCAUUGUGCAAUGUGGCGAGACUGUAACUUGGAUCUUGGGUCUUAAAAUGCCCAUUAUCAAGCAAGUCAGGUUCGCCGUACGCGGUACGCUGCAAUGCAUUCAGGUUGCAAGAGCCGGUGUCAAAGUUCUUCUAUGUUUAGUCUGCGUGGUGGUGAACGUGCUGGUCCUGCUGCCGCUCUGCAACCCUGCUAUUACGUGCUCGCGGUUCGCUAUAGAAGUUGAACACUCGCUGUUGCGCUUGGAUCCGGGUUUCCGAAGCAUACAGAGCAUGGCUCGACCAUCUAGGUAAAGUCGUACCUCGCUGGUUGCACUGCCAACCUGGCACAGGCUGCCGCACAGCGGCCCAUCGAUAUCUUGAUCUGCGCGCGUGAGUUGAAGCCAGUCAAGCAAAUCCCGGCCACGUCGUCGUCCCUCUGGGCAGAUUUCUCUUUUUCCAGGGAGCCCUCUGGGAUUAUUUUGUCAGGACACGGCCGCUGUCCAAUCCGAGAGCU